AUGGCGGACAGCGGCGUACAAGAUCAAGACAUCACAGCGUCUUCUGUCGACUCGUCCAAAUUGACUGACAAUGUGUGUAGCCGUCCAUUGUCAGCGACCAGUGGCAGUCCUUCCCAUAAAGGUGAGCGGGGAGGGGAUACUGGAAGCGGAUCGGCAUCUGUCGAUGCAGCUCAUAAAAAAGAAAAGGAGAAGGAGAGAGAGGACAGAAUACGAGCUGUUAAAGAGAAACAGAUGCUGGAAAGACAAAGGAAGAUAGAAGAAUUACGAGAGGCCCAGAGAUUAGCCCAGGAACACAGAAACAGACAACAAGAGUUACGGAGGAAAAAAAUAGAAGAGUUGCGACGGAGGGAGGAAGAAAGAAGAGCUGCAGUAGAUGAAAGGAGACGAAAGCGAGAGGAAAUUGAAAGAGCGAGAAGAGAAGCCAUCCUAGCGAAGACUUCCGAGAGACUGGCCCGUUAUGAAGCUUGGAAAGCCAGUGGAAAAGGCAAAGGUGGAGUACAGGGUCCCUUUGGCUUUGGCAGUCGCACUCCUCGUGACAUCUGCGAGCGUUUAGAACGCUCUCGUCGCUCAGCCUCUCAGAGUGCUAUCUAUCGACGCUCUCCUAAUGACUCCGACUCUGACUCGUAUAUCAGGCCCCAGAGGCGGGCUAUCUCCGCCUGCAGUACUGUCCGCAGGCACUGCUGUGUGGACGUAGGCUCAUCCAGUGGUCUGGCCCCCGGCUAUACGUCCCCCUCUAAACGCCUGUCUGCAUCCACCAGCGUUCUCUACCACAAGAAAUCUCCUGACCUCAGCUCACCGGGCCACUUGAACGUCAGUAUGCGAAAUAUCCCAAGUGCCAACGCCCUCGGCACCAUCCCAGAGAAUCGUUCUUUUCUAGCGCCGCAUGGGUCUACUCCUCACCGGCCACGCAGUACAGUGGGCUUACAUACAGCCGGUCGUCAGGCUAAGCCCGUCACUAACCCCAGCGGGCCACCCCGUGCCAGCCGGAAACCACGACCAGCUAGUAUUGCAGGAACUGUCCCCGGGUUUGUCUCCCUUAACCCGCCUACUCCAGACUCAUCCUCCAGGAGUAAAAGUUCUGAGCGUUUAAAUAAAGAGAAACCUCGUCCCCGACCUCAAAGCAUGGGUCCAGAGAGGAAGAAGAGAGAGGUGGACGACACGCCGAAGUCUCAGACACCUUCUGCCAAACCAAACCUGAGGAGAACAACUAUUUCUACCAUAGAGCGUUUGGCUGUCCCCAAAUACCCCAAGGGCAAAACAGAAACCCCACAAAGCGAGGAGAAGGCCACGCCUAAGCCUAAAACUGAAGGUAAUGAAAGCCUUGAUGACAACGCCAGCACAGGAACAGCAGACUCCACCCCAAGUAAAGACUCUCUAGUCACAUCCAAGACCCUAGCUAGAGCCACCACCCCUAAACCCUUGAAGGAACCUCCUACAGCCUCUGAGAGCAACGGCCUAGUGGCCAGCCAGAAUAAUAUCAAUAAGCCGCCCAGUGAAGAAGAAGAGUACAAGGCUAAGCUAGCUGAGAAACGGAGACAGGCCCGCGAGAAAGCGGAGCGGGAGGCUGAGGAGGAGAGGCUCAAACUGGAGGAAGAGAGGCUUAAAGAAGAAGAGCGUCUACGUCAGGAGGAGGAAGAGCAACGUCGUUUGGAGGAGGAGUCCAUGAGGUUAGCUGAGGAGGCCAGAAAUGCUGAGGAGGAGAGGUUGAGGUUAGCCAUAGAGGCUGAGGAGCAGAGGAAGAAGGAUGAGGCAGAGAAGGCUGAGCAGGAGAGAAUUGCGAAAGAAGAGGCUGACAGGAAGGCCAAAGAGGAAGCUGAAAGGCUGGAAAAGGAGAGGCAAGAAAAAGCACGCAAAGAUGAGGAGGAAAGGCUGGAGAGGAAAAAGAGGCUGGAGAUGAUUAUGAAGAGAGUGAAAACUGAUGCUCCCACCUCUGAAUCCACAAAGGGCACAGACUCUCCAGCAAAGUCUAACCAGGGCUCCCCGAUCAAGAGCAGUGCAUCUGCUGAGUCUCUGGGUGAGGACAGGACUGAUGAGGAGGGUAGUAUGAGCCCUGAGGAAAACACAGUGGAGGAGUCAGUGCCUGCCCCUGAUGACAGGUUACAGGUGCCUGAAGAGGACAGCAGGCCUAAGUUCAGCUCCCCAUUGCUCAAACAGCUGAUGGACAAGAGGACUGACGAGAGCCCGGGUGAAGACAGGCCCAAGUUCAAGUCACCACUCCUACAAAACUUGUUGGGCAAAUCCAAAAUGGCUCGAUCCAGCAGUGAAAAAAGCUUGUCAGAUGACAAGAGUGAUUUAGAGCAAAAUGGUGAUAUUCAGCAGCGCAGCUCUGCACAGAGGCAGCUGCUGUCCGGGGAAAACUAUGAUAAGUUUAACGGAAAGAGUGAUGUGAACGGUGAUAAAGAGGUGCUGGGAGAGCCCUUAAGUAGUCAGCCUGACCUUGAGAAUGCUGGGGACACCAGUGUACCUGAAACAGGCAGUGAAUUGGACAAGGUCAAAUCCGAGUCCCAGUACAUGGAGGAGGAGACCUCACCUAGCAGUGGAUCAGGGGAGACUACUCUCAUCAACCUUGCCUCAGAGGAAGGAAUGGACAUAAAGUGUAAUGGAUUAGAAUCACACCUAGCUGUGGAAGAUAACAGUCAAGCCCUGGUCGAUUCAAGCAUUAGUAUGAAAACAGAUGACACGGGGCGCUCCUUGACAUCCUCGUACCGUGACGACGACCUGGUGACCUCUACAGAGCUGGGUGGGGAGCUGGCCUCCCAGGAAGCGGCAGAAGAGGGCCGAAUUGAGGACAUCAUAGACCUAAGUGUGACAAAUAAAAACCUGAGUUUUGAGGAGACUACCAGCACAACUAGCAUCAGAACAAACACCGAUGACCUACUCAACUUCAACAGUCUGGACCCGGAGGGUGAUGCUCCACCUAAAGCCCCGUUUAUCGCCUUUGAAGAUAACGCUGUAAAACGACAGGAUGUUACAUCAGAUCUACUCUCAUGAGGGUAGCCACGAGGUGGCUGAGACCAGCUCUGCUAUCCCAGCCCCUGUACCCAAGCCUCAAGACUUCCCUGGGGCCUCACUGACUCUCUCUGACACUCCUGGAGCCAGCCCUAGACACUUGCAUUCUCCUCCCUCACAGGAGGACCACAGCUCCCUUACUCUUGGUGCUCCACAGACCUGCCACGCCCCCUCCCUUCAGCAUGCUAACACAGCUGAGACAAAGGUAGAGCACUUAAACCUGGACUUCGCGGAGACUCAGGCUUCUGUGGACGCAGCGUGGCAGCAGCUGGAAUCUGUGAUGUUCACUCGUCAGGACAGUGUGCGCAAAGAGCUGGAGGAGUAUGGUAUAGGGGAAGGGGAGAUUAGCAGUGACACAGACGAGGGGCAGAUCUGGAAGAUGGUGCAGGGGGAUGCUCCUUAUACCCUUGAUCUAGUGUAACAGUUGUCUCCCUUGCACUUUGACAUUCUCCUGCCUGUGAAGACGCCAGUCUUUGUAUAUGUAAGAGCUGUUGAUUAACGUUAUUCUGGAGCUGACUGUCUGGAGGUGUUGAAUCAGGCACUAUAAUAUACCAGACUCUGCAGUGAUGUGGUAUAGUUCUGGGCACAACUGCACAUGGGGUGCACGAUACAGUGUUCUGUGAGAAUCUCUAGCUCUUCUUUAUGUUUAUGUUUGACCAGUGAUAUUUAAAGUUCAGGUGCAUGUACGGUAAAAGUGUUAUCCGUGACUUUGGAGUCACCAGGGGAGAGGGAGACUUCUGAGUGAAGAGAAUACAUGCCUUGUUUAGACUUCCCUCAAAAAGCCUAAGGGAGUGUGGCAGGGCUGGGUGGGAUGUACGAGUAGGGCGAACCGGUCGUCUAGGUGUUAUUGUGAUGCUUACAAGCUGGUUGUGAUCAUUUUAAUAACAUUUCCAGGUGUAGGUUUAUUACUUGCAGUGAUGGAAGGUGUUCUUUUAUUGUUAUUAUUUACUUGUAUGUACAAACAUAUGACAUUUUAUUGCAAUGAUUAUCAGCACAUUCUGACUUGCCAGCGGUAAAA